AUGAUUAUUCUGUCGUUAGGCGACUAUGCAGAUGUGGACCAGUUGGUGUUUUCCUGUAAAUCACAAUCAGCCAGGCCACCACUAGACUUCGACAAUGGAAAAGUGUACAGUCUAAACGGCCAUGUCCUCAAACCAGAGGGCAAACACCAGACCAGAUGUGUCUUGUACAAGAUGACGAACUACGUGAUGAACAUGAUGGCGGUUAGCGGUACCACAUCGUGUGAAGGCUUGUCACGCAUGAUGUUUUAUUCCGAGGCAACGCCCCUCAAAGGAUCAAUGUUGUUGCGGUUGAACAAACCCAGAGACAAUCCAAGACAUCGGCGCUCGACAUCGGAAGAUAAAAACUCAACACAACUGACAUUUUCAGGGUCUAGAUAUUACUGGAAGACGGGUUGA